GGCUGCUACUCAUCUAGUGAGGGUUUGACCGAGGGGGGGACAUAUCUCUAUCAAUCAUCCAGCUACUGUGCGCAGUCAAUAUGUACAGGGCAGCAGUCCGUCAUGGGCCUCACGAACGGCAAUGACUGCUGGUGUGGUAACGAAUUACCUCCGGCCAGCAGCAAGGUUGACGAUGCCAAGUGCAAUAUCGGAUGCACAGGAUUUGGCACAGCGAAGUGUGGUGGCAAGGGCUACUUCUCCGUGCUUCUCACGGGUAAUGGUCAAGUCGAGGGGGCACAAGACGCAGCAAGUUCAUCUUCAAGCUCAUCGCCGACCUCUACUCAGCCAGUGCAGAUUGUCGUGACCAGCGUUGCGCCUGGCCAGACCGUUGUGGUCACACAGCCCGCCAAUGGAUCAAGCCCUGCCUCGCACAGUUCUGGCGGUGGAACCAACACAGCCGGUAUCGCGGCAGGUGUUGUCGUGGGCAUCGUUGUUCUCGCAGCCAUCAUCGGCGGUGUCUUUUUCUACCUCCGACGGCGCCGUCAAUUGGCUGUUGAGGAGGAGCACCGCCAGCGCAGCCAAGUGUCAGAUUUCAUAGCCGGUGGAGAACGCAAACCUCUCGGCUCCAUGUACAGCCACGGCAGCGAUGCUCGAUUAGACCCCGAGGCCAACGCGCUGAGGAGAAACAGUGUCGGAAGUUUCAUGGCAGAUGACAGCCAGGACUACUCGAGAAAGAUUCUUAGGGUGAGUGAU